GCAGGGCGUUGUUAGCCCAGCGGUGCGGAGAGGAUCCGCGACUGCAACGUCGUGUAACUCUCAUUCGCUGACCGCAUCGGCUGGGAGAUUGAACUUCAAAUGAAGCAAUUUUCAGCCUGGUGGCCGUUGGGCAAAUCUUGGGGCGGCACUGGGCAUCAGAGGGGACGUCCUCGUGUUACUCAUCUUGAGUCUGGGCCAGUCCCAUCUUGCAGAGGCGAUUCGGAUCCCGGCGGACCCAGUUUCUUGCAAUUGGGAUCAGUCCCAGUUGUUCGACGAUUUCAACGGCCACUUACAAGUUACCGUAGCGCAGUGACGGCUUCUCGGAUUAUUAGCGAAUCGAUCAUUACAUCGACGGACGAGGCUUGGGCCUCGGGGGGCCGACGACAACGAAGGCGAGAGGACGUGCGGUAUGACAGGGACGACCCUGAGGCUUGUUGCCCCCGGGCUGGGGUAACCCAACCUUUCCAGGAUGUCCCGCAGACCAAGCACGGAUGCGACCCUCCCUCUUCUCUCAUCCUUCUCGAAUCCCUCCUCUCUUUAGCUCUCUCUAGCGGCAAGGUACGGCACGAUACGACGGGGGGCACAACAAGGCAUGUGGGCGUAGUCAAUUUGAAGUCAAAUUGCUUCUUAUGAGCUUUUCGUCGAGAAGCUCCAGAACGAUAAUACCGGAAGCUGCCGCGGCUUGACGAUGGAGUCAUCCGAGGCUUCUCACUCAGCUCUCGACUCUCAGCCCCCUCAGCCAGCCUUGACCGCCACGCCGCACGGCAGUGUCAACACAGAAAUCAGACUAUCCAGAGUCUCUAGACCUCUCGGCCACCCUGCAGAUGACGACUCCGUUAAUUAUGCUUCGCCGCUGUGCUUCCCUACAGUUCUCGCUAGUCUGACACACGAAACCGCAAGACCUCCACUCGACCGCAGAAGAUACGCGACUUAUCGUUCACAAACGACCGGGACCCUCGAUCCACAGACUGGCCCAAGGACAGGAUGUCGAAGUUCGUCAUCCUUGUGUUGAUCAGCCCCCCCUAAAAUAUCCGUCCUAUCAAUCUCAAACAGGCGACAAAGUUGCGAGUCGCGUGCUGGGGACCAAGAACGAGGGCUUCUGGGCUCUGGGUCGACCCUGCAGAGGCGAAAUCAGAGGGGAUGAUAUCAAAGUAGAGUUAAGUCAGAGUGUCCCCCCCGUCUGCAGUCUGGGUCCUCUCCUGUUCUCUGCAUAUGGGCUUCGGGGGGUUCUCUGUCAUCGGGUCUUUGGUCUUUCUUUCCAGCAACUGCCUUUCUACUAGCAGCCAUAAUUCUCAUUUUCUCUUCUUUUGCCUCCACAUUUGGCGCAACUUGCAAGACGGCCUUCUAGUCCUCCGAUUCUACUAGUUCCUGCAACCGCUUCCCAUCAUCUCCUUUUUCGAAACCGAUCACCCCGCUCUACGUUCUGGGCAUCCCGCCUGGUUCUUGCUCUUAUAGCCCUGUCAACAAGGAUCCGCCAAGCGCUAGCAUUGCAAAGUCCUGUUCCGGGCCAUUAGAGGAGCAUGUUCAAAUUGGUUAACCGUUCCAGAUCUAUGAAGAGCAUGAGGGCUGGUGGAGGGGCCCCCGGUGGUGUACAGACGCACGGCCCAGAGUCCCCCGUCCUGGGGUCGCCGGGUCUUGUGUCAAGUUUCCAACAGACCAAGGAAGACUCGAGCGCUUCUCAAAACGAGAGCGUGCCCUUCUUCGCAAAGGACGCUGCCGCCGACGCUGCCGCCGCUGCUGCCGUUGCCGUUGAAACUCGCAACACAUACCGCCAUCGCCCGCUGCCUACACCUCCUCCAUCCAAGGCGUCUUCGACCAUGGCUGAGCGGCCCAGCACUAGCGGAGGUCUUUCACCUCAUAACUACAGCACCACCAGCUUCAGAUCCUUUGCUGAUAGACGUAUGUCCAAGGAUGACCUGUACAUCAGGCCUCAGUCUUCAGCACGUGGUGGUUACAAGUCGUAUCACAUCCCGAUACGGGACAACCCAGCAUCUCCGGUAGAGAGUCCUGGCGACUUCUCACACGACUUCUCACCGGCGCGCACCUUUACAGUCAGGACACAGACGCCAGAUUCGAUGGAUAGCAACAUGGGAACGAUAGCAAUAGGCAUGGCCAUAGGGAGCCCGACACAUCCACCUCCGGACUUCACAGCGUCGCGCGAAUUUCUUCCAUCGCCGAUGGUCGCCCCGAGAGACGAGUGGCAACCGCAGGCAUCCAGCCUCAGCACGACCAUGAUGAGGGCCUCACCAACACCAGAACCGCCGCAGGAGAUACCGGAACCCGUGCCGGCACCGAAGCAGAAAUCAGGAAGGUGGAAACUGUUUGGCCGUUCAAAAAGCAAGAGACUUGCCUCAUCCCCAGUCGCCAUCUCACAACCUAUGAAUCUUCAGCACCCGGCACCGACGAGAACGGAUUUCGAUAUUUCACCGACGACAAACCAGACCACUGACCUGGGAAGACGUAACACGGAGAAGAGGACAGCGGAUAGCAAACCUGCCAUGAAGCGCUCACAAACGGCUGGCCCGGUGGCCCCGCCGAGCCCGAAAGAUUCGAAGCCCCCUAAACUACUAAGCAGAAUGGCGUCCACGCGGUCGACCAAAAGUGUCAAGAAGUCGGAUAUUUCUGCGCCGGUUCACGUGUCGAUGGGAGUACCGGCUUUGCCGCCUAAGCCAUCGGGCGGGUUCCUGGACGUGGAAAUUCCCAGCAUCACGAUGGAGAGGUACAGUGUAAUGUUCGGCAACGUCCUGGGACAACAACCACAUGGAUCACAAGAUUCGACGUUGGGAUCGCAAGGUUUACAGCCUUCAUCUUCGCUUCUGGCAAGGCGGCAAGCUACUCUGGACAGACUGAAGACGAUCAACGAUCAGGUCACGAGGGAAGAGGAGGAGAGGGAACGUACCAGGGGUCGGAGAGCAACAUCACCACAGCCGCUCAAGUCACCGGCGUUUUCUCUCUCACUGUUUCCGGCCACGCCCUCGGAAUCGGCCAACAACCCGCCUCAAUCACCCCGAUUCCGCUCAAACACCUCACCUGCUUUCUUGUCAUCCCCGCAGAGAGCAAGCUUCGAGCCAGCCGCAGAGGAAAGAAGCCCUGAAUCUAUCAAGCAAAAGACCCUAUCGCCCGAGACGGUCGCCCGGUCCCAGCCCUCCGAUGUACACGACUUCGUCUUCGGGCCCGAGCAGUCCGGCCUCAUGCUCGAUUCACCAACAGACGACAACGAAUCCGAGGAGAUCCACCUGACAGAGCAACUGAAGCCAACCAUAUACGAACCCGCAUGGCAGAUGAUCUCAACACCAGGCGAGUCCAGCGCCCCGUCGAGCGCUGCGCCCAGCGCCAAAGACCGUUCCCCAGCAUCGGUAUCCUCCGUCCACACGCACGUCACAAAGCCGUCCCUCGACGAGUCUGAGCCGGACGACGCGCUCCGCGCUGCGGUAGAAAUCUCGAUUGCCCGGCAGAUCAGCAUUUCCCGGCAGCAGCGCCGAAUGCUGCGUCCCCUGAAGACGAAUGCUGUUCGUACCGGCGGCAGCCCCAACGUCAGAAGCCCGGUGACGACCAUCACAGUGGGCAAGAAUGAGCGGCUAUCCACGACGAAGAGUUCCACGCCGACGCUCAUCAGCCACGGCGAGACGUUUGAGCAGCAAAUCGCGCAGAACCGCAAGAGCUCGCGGAUUAUCGUCGAGGAUGACUUGGCGUAAACUCACACGAAACUCUCUGGAGCCUAGGCUCUUAUUCCUAUCAUCAUGUCGGACAUUCUUCUUCUAAUUCCCUUCGUCCACAUACACUGAUGGUGCUCGGAUUCGCCAUCAGACUUUUACAACCCUUUUUUGUUACUUAACCACCUUCUCAUCGACCGAUUUGUUCCUUUACUCCACCUUUUUCUGUCAACACUCUCACCUUAUUAUUCUGGAGGACCAUUUCGAACUAUGCUUAUAGCGGGAUUUCAUACGCUUGGUGAAAGGGGGGGGCUUCUUCACUCUGGUUUCAGGUUUUGACGAGUUCAUUGUCUUGUAUGGGGGUUGGAUAUGUAUGUGUGUGGUGGCCUUAUCAGAAAAGCAAAGUUCGAACGGUCUUUUUUGUCACUUGCAAGCGAGUUUCCCGAGAAGCAAAACACAGAGAAGGAUUUCCGAUGGAGUACCUGAUCUUCCAGUCAUACGACCUCGAAGGUUCGUUUCUUUUGCGCGCAAUCGAUACCACUGUUGGGGGGAGAGAUAUUCUUUUUUUUAUCUGGUGUAGGAAGGGAGAAGGACGGCGGGCAAGGGCCAGG